CCUCAUCAAGAACAAUUAUAUUGAUUACAUAGGCGUCAUGUAAUCAUGCAAUUAUCAUUAAAUAUUUAUCAUCAUGAUUCAUCAAAUUGACCAUAUGAUAUAAAGUGUCAUAUCAGGAAUAUUGUUAUACAUUUUUGUGGACAUAUAUAUACGUAUAUGUCUAUGAAUUAUUCUACAAUUCUAGCGUGGUACCACUCAGCGGUUUCGCUGAGCAUGUAGUUUGUAUUUUUCGUUGACUACACGUAGAGUGCCUCGAGAAGAGGGCUUAGGAUGCCUCGUGAGACAAGGGCUUAUAUGCCGUGCGAGGUGGUCAAUGCCAACCUCGGGAAAGGAGUUGAAAUUGUCUCGGAGAUAACUUUAGUGCCUCGUGAGGUGGCCGAGGCCGACCUCAGGAGAGGGCUUCUAGUUGCCUCGGGAGACGAGGGCUUAAGUAACUUGCAAG